CCGGUCCCGCUCCUGACGUACAUGCCGGGCGGCGGCGCGGCCAUGGCGAGCGAUUUCUACCUGCGCUACUACGUGGGGCACAAGGGGAAGUUCGGGCACGAGUUCCUCGAGUUCGAAUUCCGGCCCGACGGUAAGCUGCGCUACGCCAACAACAGCAACUACAAGAACGAUGUGAUGAUCCGGAAAGAGGCUUACGUGCACAAGAGUGUGAUGGAGGAGCUGAAGAGAAUAAUCGACGACAGUGAAAUCACAAAAGAAGAUGAUGCUCUGUGGCCUCCUCCCGACAGAGUGGGCCGACAGGAGCUCGAGAUAGUAAUUGGUGAUGAGCACAUCUCCUUUACCACGUCAAAAAUCGGUUCCCUCAUUGAUGUAAAUCAGUCCAAAGAUCCAGAAGGCUUGAGAGUGUUCUACUAUCUGGUUCAGGACCUUAAAUGUCUCGUCUUCAGUCUUAUUGGACUCCACUUCAAGAUUAAGCCAAUUUAAUCAGACAGACUGAAGUUUGUAUUGCAGUGUUAGCAGGAGAGGUGGGAAGGGAGGAGCCUGUUCCAGUUCUUCAGUUCUCCAGUUUCUGAGUUCUUUUUGUACUUUAGAUUAUUUUUUUGAUUGUUGUUUUUGUUGUUGUUGCAAACUGUCAAUGACUCAAUAAAAGGGUGAGAUUCGCAUUUUUAAUUUUA